GAAGGGAGGCGGGCCCGAGUCCGCGCCCCGGCCCGCGGGGGAGUUCCCACAGUGGCAGCUCGGGCCCACAGGGCCACAUCCCCGCUGCGGGCCGGCGCGCGCGGGUGGCAGAGCCCAGCCCCAGACGGGCCCACCAUGGCCUGGGAGAGGCCGCCCGGGAGGGGGCGCAGCGCCCUGCGCCGGUGUCUGCUCGGCGCCGCGCUGUUGCUCGGCCUGCGACUCUGCGUGGAGCUGCGGCGCACCGGGCCCCGGCCCCCGGCCCGCAGCGCGCGACCAGACCCGGCCCCCCGGCCGACAGGGCCGCACCUGCUACCCGCGCCCGGCCCACUGCGCGGCGCCAGAAGAAGGCAGGUGACCUAUGUGCGCAGCGGGCGCCGAGCGCCGCCGGGGGUCGGCGGGCGCGGGACGCCGGAGUCGGGCUGCUGCGCCCCGCGCGGGCGUCUCCGCCGGAAGGGUCCCCGGUGGCAUAUAGAUCUCCAACCUUGGGCAGGCCCUGCUCGGUCACUGGAUGAAGAAGCCUUGAGGUUCCUGAGAUACAUCAGCACCACUCAGAUUGCAUGUGAUCACAUGAGUACAGACAGCCUAGCCACCGACUCCAGCCCUGCAAAAAAGCCCUGGUCGGUCUGUCUUGAUGACAGGUUUGGCUUAGCUCAUCAAAUCCGCAACAAGCAGUGCCGCCUCUAUUCCUUAGGGCUAGGAAGUGAUGAUACCCAUUUUGAGGUUGGCAUGGCCAACGAUGGAUGUGAAGUGCAUUGUUUUGAUCCUAGUGUUAAAUCAGCUCACGUUUUGGAGAGUAAACGUCUUUGGUAUCACCGCGUGUCCAUCGACUGGCGAGACCCCCAUCCAGCUGUUGCUGCCCAAAAACCAUAUAGCAGCACUAGAAAACUGGGAACCAUUUUGAAUGAAUUUGGGCAUCGCAAGAUUGAUGUUCUCAAAGCAGAUCUGGAAAGUGCAGAAUGGAAAGUUUUGGAAAAUCUUAUUCUGGAAGAUGUCCUUGAACAAAUUGGACAGCUCAUCUUUGAGAUCCAUCUCCACUGGCCCGGCUUUGAGGUCAGUGGCAGUGACAGCAGUGUUGUGCGGUUCUGGUACAGCCUCCUCAAAGAGUUAGAACUACAGGAUUUCAGGCUUUUUCACAGUUACAAAGAUUUAUCUAAGCCUCAGCUGUUCCUGAAGAAAGAUAUUUUCAAUGCAAGUAGCUGUUAUACUCUGAGUUGGGUGAAUACGAGAUGGAAAUAGGAUGCAGGCCCUCAUCAAGAACUCAAGAAAAUAUUUGCAGCAUGGAGCAUGACUAUGAUUCUAAUACACCUCCAGGCUCCCACUAGCCUGUGACCUGCUUGAGGCAGAGAUUGUGUUAUUGCCUUUGUAGUACGUGUAGCCUGGUGCCUGGCACGUGGUAGGGACAUACUUGAUUAACACUUGUCGAGGGAAUGGACACAGGAGUCAAUCUCCUUCUGCCCAGACCCAGGCUCUUUGCCCGUUUGCCUCUGACAAAGAGGGGAUUAUUGUUCUCCUUCAUUUUAACCUGGAAGAUAAUCCCCCACUUAUCUCAGUUUUCCCUAAAAUUUGUUGUGUCUAUAAUCCAUGAAUUCACCACCAUGAAAAAAAUUACAUAACAUUUCCAUUUUUAUUCCUUAAAUUUGUAGCCUACCAUUUAAAAUAGGACCUUUUAUUUGAUGUUAACUCACCUCUUUCAAGGUUUUUCUGGUUCACCGUGUCAUUAACAUUCUUUAUAACUUUGUAGAUUUCGGUCUCUACUCCCAAGCCUUUCCUGAGGCCAUCCAUGCUGUGGCUUUUUAAGAACCACUGAUUUUGGUUUCUGGACACACCAAAUUCUGUCACUAAUCUUGAAAGACUAGACUACCAAGAUCUUCAGCUCAGGAUUCUUUUCAUACUCAGCCUUAAAUCCCUUUCUGUUCCUAUGAAACUAAGCACAAAGCAGAACUUGGGGGACUUCAAGCCUGAUUUCUCAACCAUAGACUUGCCUUUGCUGUCAUUUAAAAAAAAAUACAUUAUCUCUAAGAUUAAGUGAGUUUUUCUUUGCUGAUAGUUGGCAUUUGUUGUAAGCCUGUGGCCUGAGGGCCAGAAUCUCUCACUUUCCUGGGAUGGUUAUACUGUGUUUCAUGGGUACCAAUUCUUUUUACAUUUUUUAAAAAUUAAACAGAAAAUGAAGGUUCUCAAUAGUUCAAAUGGUCUCUAUCAUUUCUGUUUUCAGGAUUAGACAUUUACCACUACACAUGAGUUUUAAAAAUUAUAUUUAAAAUAAAUUAAAUAUUAUAAAAAGUAAACCAAAUUAUUACCUUACUAUAAACUAAGUAUAUUUUCUGGCAUUUUUUACAUGCUGGGAGAGCAGGAAAACUAUACAUACAUUAUAUGUUCGAGAAAUCUGGGGAGAGAACUCGUUAGUUCUAAUUACUGCUAGACUUGAUUCCUUUUCCCAAUGCUUUCCCUCCUUUUACCCCAGACAUUUCCUGGGUUGGCUUUUUGUUUCUUGCAGUGGUUUGAAAAUAGCUUUCCUCAGGUGAGAAACCAAAAUAUAUUAACGUUAGAUGAUCUUACUAACUUGGGUUUAAAAGGGAACAAGACUUGGGUGAUGACUUUUAAAAAUAUAAAUGAGAUUUUUAUAUUAAAGUUUAUAGUACACUAAUAAAAGUCAGUGAGUUGGAGGACCA